GAAGAAGACAACAUGGCGGGUGGGAGUUCGUGCAGACAAUAUGCUUGACUCACACUUUUCCAGCUUUUUUUAGGGUCUUUCUAGGGUCUAGUGUGUCGCCAGGAUGACCUCUUUGCACUGCGUCAUCCACCCUCUGCCGGGGACCGAAGAUCAGCUCAAUGAAAGAUUGAAAGAAUUAGGAUUACGUUUAAAUUGGUCGGGCGGUGUUGGUGUGAGUGCUGUGGCAGGGCUACGAGAAAACAUCAGACAAGUUGCUAUUGGUCCAUCACACAUUGCAGUGCUCACUGAAGAUGGACGAGUUGCAAGGCUUGUCUUUUCCAUCAAUACAGAUGCCUUGGAUCUCAACAAGGCAGAUCAUAAGCAAGGCAGGAAUUGCAACAAGAGCAACAACCAGAGCAGCACCAAGUUGACAGCUCGCAUGUCCACUGGAGGAAGAAGGAUUGUGCGCACGACUUCUGGGUCAGGGGGAGUGAGAGGGCGUGGCACGGGGGUUAUCAUGGGCUCUUCGCGACCCAUGCUCCCUGCCCAGUAUGUGCCGGAAGAACUCAUUUCCCAGGCUCAGGUAGUCCUUCAGGGCCGGAGUCGUAAUCUAAUCAUUAGAGAAUUACAGCGUACCAACUUGGAUGUGAACUUAGCAGUGAAUAACCUGUUGUCAAGAGAUGAUGAGGAUGUAGAAGAACCUGAGGAAAGUGGAGAUUCCUAUGUACCUGAAGACCUCAUAUCCCUCUUGGAUGCUGGAAUUUCUGUUGCUGCUGACCAUCCCUCUGUAAUAAUUGAUGCAGAUGCUAUGUUCUCUGAUGACAUGUUUGGAUACUCUUCUGUGCGCAGCCGAUCUGGCGGAAGCCGUGGAAGGGCAGGAGAACGUGACCGUGAGGGGUCAGCUGGAUCAGGAGGUUCAGAACACCGAGCGGACAGGGAGUUGAGAUGGAGGGACCGGCACUACUCGGGACCCCGUAAGUGGCUCUCGAACGCGCUGCUGUCGGUUAGAGUCACACAGCCCCCCACAGAAGCGGGAAAGAAGAAAGACUUCCUUCUCCCAGAUGCCAUAGAUGUAGCAGACAACCUGCAGUACUGGCCUGAGAGACUAGGGAACCAACCAGCUCCCCGUUUCUCACACAUUGCUGCUCUGCACUCUGAGCUUGUGGCCGUGUCGACAUCUGGCCAGGUCUACCAGUGGCGUUGGGCAGACAAGGAUCCAUACGUGCAUCCAGAGCUCCCAAAUGUGCACCAUCCAAAAGCAGUCUCUCUAGGCCUCGCAGGGGAGAGAGUGGUGGCUAUCAGUGCAGCAGGAGUAAGAUGCAGCGUUGCCACUGAGUCUGGCAAGGUGGCAACCUGGUUAGACGAAACAUUAGCAGAUGUGGCAGCAAAAUUGGAACAGCCGGCUCAGUCAUUCCCUGAGUUACUAUCUCUGUACCAUAUUUACUGUUAUAGUAGCCACUUGAAUCAGGAUCCUAAUUUUCACUAUCUAUUUAAGAUACUUCCUCCAGGAGGUGUUAAUAGUGGAUGCAACAGUAGUAGUGCGUCCAGCAGUACCAGUGGAAGUGGAAGUAGUGGUACCAGCAGUGGUUCCAGUACCAGUUUUCAGGGUGCUGCAGGCUCAACAUCAACAUCUCAGAGUGCUGCUUCGAGUAACAGUGGCAGUUCCUCAAGUGGUAGUAGUGGAAGUGGGGAGAAGAAAACUGUGGCAUCGGAAGUCCUUGGACCAGUUGCAAAGAUCCUGAAGUGUGGUGACAGCAAGGAGUCCUCUGAUAAGCUUGACAUGCCCCCUCCACCUUCACCUGCUUCUAGCACGUGCUCCGAUACUGGUGAGUGUUAUCGAAGUUUAGAAGGGGUGGUGGUUGUGCCACAGACAAAAGAAGGCAAGGGCAACCUGCGUGUCAUUCACCGGGACCAGCUGCAGGUUAUCCGUGCAGGUGGCAACCCUCGUGUUCCAGAUUGUUACCAGAAGACUCCCAAACGCAUUCCUGUCAGUGAGCAAGGCCAGAUUCUCACUGUGGCUGUGGAUGGCAGAGGCAUUCACGCCAUUGUCAGGAAUGGCAGCCGCUUGACAUACGUCAUAUACAAUCUCAGCUCUGGGAAAUCGGAGCAGGAAUGUGUAUUUCCAACUGAAAGUACAGCUUUCAUGGGAUCAGAACCAUCUGCCAUAUCACUUACUAUUAAUGGAGAGAGUGAAAACGUCGGUGUGCUUCGUGAUGGUAAUAGUACUAUCUACCCUCUGAGCAAAGACUGUGUAGACUCCAUCAAGGACCCUCACUGGCCUGAUCUACCUCCGGUCUCAUGCUUAGGUGUAGCCACACAUUUCUUGCAUGGGGCUGGUGCUCACCAGAAGAACCAUGUUGCAUUACUGGUGCUGGCACUCAAGACACAAACUCUGAUGCCAAAAAUCCUGCGAUGUGAUCCAGAAGGUGUUAGGCAGGUCUUGGCUGUUAUUGAAAAUGACAAUGGAGCUGGUAUGACGAGUUUAACAACAGAGGGAAUAGUAGAAGAAAAGUGUGAUGGAAACCGCAACAUCCUGCAUGCAUGUAUAUCUACUUGCUGUCCAGUUACGAGCAAAGAGACAGAAGGGGAAUCUGUAUUAGAGAAAGACCCUAUUUUGGGUAGCUUUGCUUGGCCACCCAGCUCAUCUGACACCCUCAGUGACACAGCCAGUGCAGCAGGGCCAGAGGAUGACCUCAUGACCCCAUCUUCCUCCAAAACCACACCAGGGCCAAGCAUGCCCAACCUGGGAACUUCUGACCCUGCAGAGCGUAAAUCUUAUUCUCUUACUAUCCUGAGAACCAUCUGUGACAGCCCUGCACUAACGCCACACUUGAGGAACCUGCUCAUUGCUCGUGACUCAAAUGGCUUUACUCCCUUCAUGCUGGCUGUCUCUGGUCGGGCAUAUCAAGCAGCCCUCAUCCUUUUUGAUGUCAUUCACAGGGUGGCCCAUGAUAGUGCCCUUGAUGCUGAGAGUGAAAGACGUGCUGUCAUGCAAAUGAUAUUCCCAAGGGGCAGUAACCCAGAUGACUCGCCACUUCAUGUCCUGUGCUAUAAUGACACCUGCUCGUUCACUUGGACAGGAGCAGAGCAUAUUAAUCAAGACAUAUUUGAGUGUCGCACCUGUGGCCUUGUUGGCUCCUUGUGUUGCUGUACAGAAUGUGCAAGAGUAUGCCACAAAGGGCAUGACUGUAAGCUCAAGAAAACUUCACCAACAGCCUAUUGUGAUUGCUGGGAAAAGUGUAAAUGCAAAGCUCUGAAGUCUGGCCAUCAGACUGCACGUUUUGACCUGUUGUCAAGGCUCAUCACAGAGACAGAUCUAGUGAACAUAUCCAAUGGUAGGGGUGAAAACCUCCUCCUGUUCUUGGUACAAACUGUUGGACGGCAGGUCACUGAACAGAGGCAGUGGUCAAAGUGUCGUUCGUCGUCAUCAUCAUCUACUCGUAAGAAUACCCUGUCAGAUGUAGUCAACAUGGAGGUACCUGACCAUGAUUUAGAACCACCCAAGUUCAGCCGAAGAGCACUUGAACGUUUGCUGAAUGAUUGGGCAGCUGUGAGAGCCAUGAUCAUGACGGGUCAUAAGGAAGAAAGUCCUCCUUCUUCUGCAUCUACUGAUGACAUUAAUUUCAUGCAGUUUCAAGGUCAUACAACCCACCUGGACAAAUUUACCUAUUGCUUGCUUGUGAAGUUGGUAACUCAGGUUGAGCAUAGGAAUCUCAAGCUAAAGCACCUAAUUAAUAGUGACGAUGAUGAGCGAAAGAUGAUUGCUGACACAAUGGUGACUGCUCUCAUCAACACGUUGAUCAGAGAGCUGCACAAUGACACAAUUCCUGGAAGAAAGCAGGAAGCAGAAAAGGUUGCCAGGAGGUUUAUUGCAUCAGUGGUUAGGAUCUUUGUUAUUUUGGCCAUUGAAAUGAUGCCUAACGCUGGAAAAAAGAAGCCAGGCAGCUCCUACACGCAGUCCCUUGCUAAAUGUAUCAAAGUAUUUGAGUCCAUCAUUCCAGUAGCUGUGACAGAGCUGUGUGAUGCUGCAGAUGCCCUUAUGUUGCCAGUACGCUUAAACUAUGUCAAGCCGACUGCACCAUUUCCACUUACAUCAACUCAUGUGGAUGGCAAUCAUGGCUGCAAGGAGAUGUUUGAAGUGGAACCCCUUCAGUGGCAGCAGCACAGAAUGGGUGGCGAACCAUUAUCCUCAGCUGGAGGAAGUAGUGUGUCCAGAGGAGCUGUUGGAAGUGGUGGAGGGGAAGAGGAGGAGGAAGCUGGGGAGGAAGAAGUAGCCCCACUCCCAGGCCCAGCCCCAGGGACAAGACCAAGGAGGGCUCGACCAGAUCACAUUCUCCCUCCCCAGGUGGAUGACCAUGAUAAUGAAGGGGGAAGUGAACGUGAUGAUGCUAACGAGCGUUCAGAACAAGAAGGAGAUGGAGGAGCAGAAGUGGAGGGUGGAGAAUCGGACAUGGAAUUGGACUUGCUAGCAGAGUCAGAUAGUGAUAGUGAUGACAACCAGUCUGCUGUAGAUAAUACAUCAACUCAGCGAUCAGUGCAGACUGGUGCGACUGCUGGGAGUGAUGGGGAGGAUGAUUCUGGCGAAUCCUCUCCGGGUGAAGAUGAAGAUGAUGAGAGUGAAGCAGCUGAAACUGAUGAAUUUGAUUCUGGUGAACUCUUUUCUGAUGAGCAGUUAGAGAGGCGAGUUAACACUUCCUCUACUGCUCGUAAUAUUGCACCUCACAAUCUGCAGUGGGCUGUGAGGAAUCACCGUGAUAGUACCUCACGUUCUGGAGGAACAACUGGAGGCCCCACAGCCACAGGUACCUCCAACCCUACCUCUAGUGGCUUAAUAUACAUUGAUCCAACUUCACUCAGGCAUGGACCUACAUCCACAUCAACAGUUACACCAUCCUCCCAUGAGCCUGUUAGUCUGGCUACAACUAACAAUACUCUCGCAAGGGCUUUUACAAUUGUGAUUAGGCAGAUGAGCUCUCUUUUGAGUUUGGCCUGUGAUGUGGUAAGAGAUGGAGGCCUCACCUCUAGAGGUCCUGCUGGAAGUGGAGGUGGUGUUCCUGGCAGCAGCAGCAGUGCCACUGCCACGACCCAGAUGUGCCUGACACCCACCAUUAUUGCAGCUCUUCUUAAGCAGGUUGAUGCUCGUCUUCGUCCCACUUGGGAUUGGCUGAUGAGCCUCAUGGAUUCAACAGAGUCACAGCUAAGAUUUGGAAGAGAAUUGAACCAACUCAUUGAAGGAAGUGGAAGCAGCACAACACCAACAGCACCACCAGCAGGAGUGUCUCAGACACGCCCUCGUGAAAGAAGUGCGGGAAGAACUGGCCUUCCAUUCAUACGAGAUCCAUUGAUUAGCCCACUUUCAAGGUACCAGAGUGCCAGGCGUGGAGCAAGAACCACCAAUACUACAGCUGAUCCACAGAAUGCUCGAAGGGAUACACUCUCUUAUGUGGUCUCUCUUCUUCGAGCCCAUAAGAACGAACACUGUGACACACUACCAGAUAUAGAUGUUGGAUCUCUGAAACAUAUUGCAUAUGUAUUUGACGCUCUUAUAAGCUACUUGCGGUGCUGUGAAACAGACAGCAGUGCUCACAUAGACUCUGGUGGGGCUGAGUGUACUGGUUUUUCUUGGGAACGGGAUGAGAAUGAAAACGAGGAUGACAUGGAUGAUCUGCCAUCAGUCACCCCCUCAGCUGGUGAUAGUGAGUCAGCUGAUGAGGAUUCAAAUCUUUCCAAUUCUAGAGGACGAAAACAUACAUUCUUCCAGAGAUCACAGUCGACACUUUGCUUGGGAUCAGUGGGUGCAGAUGUAUUUAGCAGUCCUUUACAAGAAGCUUUGCCUCUUGCUGAUAAACCUCACUUACUUCAGCCAAAUGCUCGGAGAGAAGAACUGUUUGGCAUUCCUCGAACACAUACUCACAAUACAAGUCAAGGGACAAGAAUUCCCCUGGACACUCCAUUGUCAAGAUUGGGUGUAUUGGAGAACCUGCAUAUGGUGGGGCCAUACCCCCCAACACCACAACAGUCUUAUGCACAUAUGUUAGGCUCUGCCAGAACUCCUGACCAUCAGCCAACAGAAUUGUCUGUAUAUGCAACAGGACAAAUUAGAGAUUUAAAGGAUGAAGACAUGAGUGAGGAUAGUGGUGAGACAUCUCAGGAGAGAGCACCAAUCAUUGUGUCUCCAAGGCGUACAGGGAGCAGCUUAGGUGGGGGGAUUAGCGAUCACAGCAGCGGCUCUUCUGCCUCCUACGUGCCCGAGUCCACCCCUGCCCGGUCCAGUGUCAAAAGCGUUAUUGUACGGGUGGGGUCUUCAACAGUUGCCAAUGCGUUUAAAUCUGAGGUUGCCACAUCAUCAUCACUGUCAUCAAGCCUGUCAGCCACUGCUGCUUCCACCCCUUGCACACCCUCCUCAAGCCUAGGGGGUAGAGGUGGUGCAGACCUACUUGUGGUGCCACUUGACGGCAGAACCAGCAGGGGCUCAGAGAUGGGCCUUCAUGCACCCCAUGAUGUGUCUGCUAAUGUUACCAUCGAUACUACUCACGAUCAGAUGAGACCUGCUCUCUUAAGAAGUGGAGUUUCUCAAGAUCUUCUGCUUGGCCGUUGGAGACUGACCCUAGAGCUGUUUGGUAGAGUCUUUAUAGAUGAUGUUGGAGCUGAACCAGGCUCUAUCAUUGCUCAGCUAGGAGGAUUCCCAGUCAAAGAAGCCAAAUUUAGACGGGAAAUGGAAAAGUUGAGAAAUUGCCAGCAACGUGAUUUGAAUCUGACGAAGAUUGACCGGGAGAGAGGGCAGUUGAUCACCCAGACAUUCAAGGAACUCAACACUCAGUACAACAAUUAUCACCGUCGAGGAACACAGUCAUCACCACCCUUGGCUGUCAACCGAGUUAAAGUGACAUUCCGUGAUGAGCCAGGAGAAGGCUCUGGUGUUGCUAGAUCAUUUUACACAGCCAUUGCAGAGGCCCUGCUAUCAGGGGAAAAACUCCCGAGCCUGGAAUCUUGCCAGGUGAGGCCAAAAGAAGUUGGAUUACCUGUAGUUCGGUAUAGUCUAUAUGGUCAGUACAAGGGACGAGACAGAGAUCGACGCCAGGGAGCUUCGUCUUCAAGAUCAUUGCAGAGAAGAGAUGCCCGAAAGACACUCUCUGUGGAUGCGCGACCCUUCUACAUGACUGGAGAGGGCAGUAGUAACGAGCACUUGCCGUCAAAUAUGCUGCAAAUUGGUGAAGCCUUAUUCCCGAAGGUGCAAAGUCUUAGACCAUCUUUGGCAAGCAAGAUCACAGGGAUGCUUCUAGAACUGACACAUGCUCAGUUGCUCCUUCUGUCUGCAAGUGAAGAUGCCUUGCGCCAAAAAGUUGAUGAGGCAGUGGAUCUUAUCCUUGCUCAGGGUCGUGACCACACACCAGAAUAUUCUCCAUCUCAUCAAGAUACAGAUGAAGGUGGGGAGGAACCUGAGGAUGCAAGUGCUCCACUGUUCUACCAGCCAGGGAAAAGAGGAUUCUACUCUCCUCGUCAGGGACGCCCAACGCCUGAGAGGCUCAAUGCCUUCCGCAAUGUUGGCAGGUUACUUGGGUUAUGCCUGCUGCAGAAUGAAUUGUGCCCGAUCUACCUGAACCGCCAUGUCCUCAAGUACAUUCUAGGACGCCCCAUUCGUUUCCAUGACUUGGCCUUCUUUGACCCUGUCAUGUAUGAAAGCUUGCGAAAGCUGGUGCUGGAUGCAGAGAACAAGGACACAGGAGCUGAUGUGUUCAAAGCACUUGACCUUACCUUCAGCAUUGAUGUAAUUCCUGAAGAAGGUGGCACAAACAUAGAACUGAUUAGUGGUGGCAGAAAUGUGGAGGUGACAACAGCUAAUGUAUAUGACUAUGUCCGCAAGUAUGCUGAGUAUCGCAUGGUAAAAUCUGAAGAAAAGGCCCUACAGAAUAUUCGUGAUGGUGUAUUCGAUGUAAUCCCAGGAGGAUCCCUAGAUUCCCUAACAGCUGAAGACCUACGGCUGCUACUAAAUGGGGUUGGGGACAUCAAUGUAGCUACACUUAUAUCCUAUACGUCUUUCAAUGAUGAGAGUGCGGAAUCAUCAGACCGUCUUCACAAGUUCAAACGGUGGCUAUGGUCUAUAGUUGAGAAAAUGACAAACCAGGAAAAGCAGGACUUGGUGUACUUCUGGACCGGUUCUCCCGCUCUGCCAGCCUCAGAAGAAGGAUUCCAGCCAAUGCCAUCUGUCACUAUCAGACCAGCUGACGACUCACAUCUACCUACAGCAAACACUUGCAUUAGCCGCCUAUAUAUUCCUUUGUAUUCUACUCGUGCUAUUUUGCGAUCUAAACUGUUGUUAGCCAUCAAGACUAAAAACUUUGGCUUUGUGUGAGUGUAACCCAAGAAGCUUAAAAUUUGUGGCUGACUUUGAACCAUGUUGAAUUAUAAUAAAGCAGUUAGUGACUAAUGAACGUCUAAGGGAACAUUGUGUAUGGUGACUGCAAGCGAGACACACAUGGAGUCGAGUGAGCAAACAAACAAGAUGAUUUUGGGAGUGCUGGUCAUAUGGCAUAGGAACUUGAAAAUUCUUUGGCUUACUAGUGUUGUGCCUGUACGAAAGAACUAUUAUUUUGUGUGAUUGGAAUAUACGGCCACCAGGUUUGGCUGGCUAGACUUAAAUCUUGUGUGCAUUCCCUGAUUUCAAAUAAAUGAAAUUCAUAUUCAGCUAUUUGAAAUGAUGUGAAAAAUAGUUUCCUUAAAAGCUAUUAUCUGGUUAUUGUUAAAGUGUGUAAGCAGUGUGUAUUGAAAUUAAAAAAAAGAAAUUCCAUUGUUGUACAAUAGACAAGUAGAUAUGAGUAAAAAUCUUGACCAGC